UAGCGCACUCGUGCUAUUGCUAUUUUCUACCAUAGAAAUUUAAAGUAGGUAUAAAUUUGUAGAAGUGCUCCAUACCCAAGUACUGUCAUCAAGGUUACGUCCCCCUGUACAAUGAACCAAAGCUGACGUCGCACUACACAAACAGCAGAGUCGACUUUGUAGCUUUUUCAAACGUGGUUCUGUGAGGUUAGAUAAAAAUCACAAACAUCAACAUGAAGUGUCAUUAUGAAGUUCUUGAUGUGGCCCGUGAUGCCAACAACGAAGACCUCAAGAAAGCCUACCGAAAAGCUGCUUUAAAGUGGCAUCCUGACAAAAAUCUGGAAAGCCCUGAACUUGCCAAAGAACAGUUUCAGCUCGUUCAACAAGCUUAUGAAGUUCUAAGUGACCCUCAUGAACGUACAUGGUAUGACAACCACAGAGAUGCCAUAUUAAAGGGUGGUUUGGGAGGUGAUUAUAAAGAUGAUAGUCUUGACGUCUUUCCUUACUUUACAACAAGUUGCUUUAAAGGAUAUGGUGAUGAUGAAGGUGGUUUCUACAGUGUUUAUCGUGAAAUAUUUAACAAGCUUGCAGCAGAGGACUCUGAAUACAUGGAAGAUGAAGACAGUGAUUAUGAAAUACCUGCAUUUGGCAAUUCGACAAGUGACUUCAAAGAAGUUGUGCAACCAUUUUAUGCCUACUGGCAGGAUUAUUCGACUAAGAAGUCGUUCUCAUGGUUAGAUCAGUAUGACAUCAAAGAUCUCCCUAAUCGCAGGGUAGCUAAGCUUGUUGAAAAAGAAAACAAGAAAAUUAGAGACAGGGCAAGGAAAGACAGAAAUGAGCAGAUUCGUAACUUGGUAGCCUUUGUACGUAAGCGUGACAAACGGGUACAGGCUCAGGCUGAAAUCGUAAAACAGCAGCAAGCUGAGAAAGCUCGGAUUGCAGAAGAGAAGAGAAAAUCAAAGGUCAGAGAACGCCAGCAAAAGUUGAAGGAUUAUAAAGAAUCAGAAUGGUCAAAAUUUUCCAAUUUUGAAAAUGAGUUAAAAAAUAUUGAGAAGUCCAUUCAAGCAGAGUAUGGAGAUCAUGACUCAUCUGAUGAUAGUGAUGUUGGAGAUAGUACUGGUGUUAAUGAAGAGGAAGUAGUGGAUUACGAUGCCUUAUAUUGUCCAGCUUGUCAGAAAUUAUUUAAAACAGAAAAAGCCUUUGCCAAUCAUGAAAAGUCCAAGAAACACAAAGAAAAUGUUGAAAUAUUAAAGCAAACUAUUUUGGAAGAAGAAUUGGAUGAUGAAGUUGAAGAUGAACUAGAUGAAGAAGAAUUAGGUGAUGAAGAAGAGCUGGAUGAUGAAGAAGUGGGUGAAGAAGAAGAGCUGGAUGACAAAGAAUUAGAUGAAGAGGUUGAAGAAAUUGAAGUGGAAGGUGAAGAUGAAGUCGAGGAUGAAGCUAAGGAGAAUGGGAAAGUAUCAGGCUUAGAUGUUACUGCUAAUGGUGGAGGUGAUGUUAAGUUAGAGAAUGAAAGUGAAGAUUCUGAUCUUGUGCUUGCCAACACUAAAAGUAAGAAGAAGAAAAAACAAGUCAAGAAAGCAAGUACCUUAAACAACAGUACUGAUGAGGAUGAGGACUUAGAAGAUCUAUCAAUGCUGUCUAAGAAACAACGCCGCAAACUUCAGCAGCAGCAACCAAGAGUACCUGACAUCAAAGCUGAUAGUGAUAAUGAAAAUGAGAUGGAUACGAAAGAGGUGGCUGAUGAUGAAUCAACUUCUGAAAAACAAUGUGAUCAACCCAAAACUAAAUUAAAAGGAAAGAAGGCAAAGGAUGCUAGAAAGCUUAAAAAACAAACUGAAUCAAGUGCAUCUAAUACAAAUGAAAUUGUAAACACCAAAACUCCAAUUAUAGAUUCUUCAAAAAGAAAUAAAAAACAUGUUGAAGUAGAUCCAAGUACAAUAGAUACAGAACAUACGUGUGCGACAUGUACGUCUAAUUUUGGCUCAAAGAACAAAUUGUUUGAACAUUUAAAAAAAACUGGUCAUUCAAUUCACUUACCUAAUAAAAAAUCAGCCUCAGAGCCUCUUGAGGAAAAGAAGAAAGGAAAAGGAAGACGGAAGUAGUCUGAAAAUGUCAAUACAAUUCUCAAAAAUAUUCCGUUUGUCAAUCUUGUCUUUUAUGUCCAAUAAAAUGAUGAGUUCUUGUUGAA